AGGGCUGGAGAUGGCGCGAAAGCCGGCGUGAGGUCGCCAGCUCCACCCAUGGAGCUGCCUGGCGGAAGAGGGGUCGCUGAUCCGAUGGAUCCGCCUCCACCCACCUGCCUGCCGGGGGCCGAAGCCAAAGUCAGAGCUUUGGUCCUGGCGCCGCCGCCACCCACGGAUUUUCCGCAGGUGCCAGCUUUGCCCACCCUUCUGACCUCGCCGCCGCCACCGGUGGAAAAGGAGGCCAGGGGCGAUCAACUGGAGCCUGGAGGAAGGCUGCUAGGUCUGGGAUCGCCAUCGGGGAUCAAGGGCCGCACAGAGGAGGUGGCGCUGCCUGGAGCAUCACCUUGGCCGCCGCCUCCACAGAAGCUGCCGGGACGCGCGCGAGAGGUCGCGCUGGAAGGAGACGAGGCGAAUGAGGCGAAUGAGGCCAGCGAGCCCGAGGGGUCGGCGUCCGGCGAGGACUCCGACGUGUCGGCUCAAGCCAACUUGGAAAGGCACAGGAACGACAUGGACGUGUUGCUGGCGCAUAACUCCUCGGUGAUGCGAACUUCCAGGCACGGUCUUGCGGAUGCUGAGGAGCUUCCAGUGAGCGCGCACGAGCUCGCGCGGAAGCAGCGGUCAGAGGAUGCCGAGGAUGUAGAUCGCAAGCAGCCCGAGAGGCAAUCGCUUCUGAACCGCUUGUUUCGCUCCGGCAGCUCCGUGACGGAAGGCCGCAGGGAAAGCAUCCUCAACCAGGACAUCAGCGGCCUGGAGGAGCCAUGGCUCCGGCGGUGGUCCGAGAUGUUGGAAGAGGAGGGCCUGCCCUGCACCAAGGUUGCCACCAAUGGGAAGCCGUACGAGCGCCGGAUACAUGUGGAUAGCAGGAACAUGAUGGUCGAAGUCCAUCAAGGGCGGAAUGGCACAGUCGGCAUCUCCCUGGAUGACUUGGUCGACCUUUGCAAGGAUCUCGAGAGCCGCGAGUUCAAAAAGUUCCGGCAAAGGCACAAGGACCCGGAUUUGUCCCGCAGGGCAUUGAUCAUGCACACGCCCGUCCGCUCCUUUUCCUUCCUGUUCCAGAACGCUUCCCAGCGGGACGGCAUGGGCCAGUUCCUGGUGUAUUUGCUCACGAGCAAGCAGCGGGGCGUCAUGGCGGAGGCGUCGCAAAGCACCGGCGCCAGCGAUGAGGCGCCUGCUGCCUGCAGCUCGCCUCCCAAAGAGGGCAGCGGGAAGGUGCUGUACCCGAACAACUCCUGCUAUGAAGGAGAGUUUCUGCAGUACAUGCGCCACGGCCAUGGGAUCUUGCACCUGCCGGAUGGCACAAAGCACGAGUCCGAGUGGCGGAAUGACGAGCGCCAUGGCGCUGGGAAAGAACACUGGGCCGAUGGCACGGUGUUCUCCGGGCAAUACGUGCGCGGCAUGCGCCACGGGCACGGCACCAUGACUUGGCCUGAGGGCUCCAGGUACACCGGGAUGUUCGAGCGCGGCCGUGCGAACGGCGACGGCGAGCUGAUCCGUACGGACAACUCCAUCUACCGAGGUCAGUUCCAGGAGGACUGCAUGUCUGGUUAUGGCUGCAUGCGAUGGGUGGACGGCGUGGAGUACAAAGGCCAUUUCCAGGCGAACAAGCGGCAUGGCUUGGGCAAGAUGGCAUGGACUGUGGGCAAAUGGAAGUGCUACGAGGGCGCUUGGAAGGAUGGUGUGCAGCAUGGCCGCGGCAUGCUCACGGACCAGGGUGGCGUCGCUUACGUGGGGCACUUCGUGGAUGGGAAGCUGGACCACUGGGAAGAGAAGCCACAGGUGCUUCAGCCAGAACGCCAGCUAGCCUCAGAGAAUUCGGGGAAGUGUACAGGCGAAAUCGGCCAUGCGGCUCAAUGCAUGCCUGUGCCUAGAGAUCUUGCAUGACCCGGAUUCCCGG